UUUACAGGUAAUCCUCCUUCCAAACCCACAAAGAAAACCAUAAAGCAACGCUUCCUCAAGCUGCUGCCCUGCUUUCCCUCCGACUCCAGCUCCUCCGUGAACCAAGGGAGCCUGGACGAGGAGGCGGAGUUGUCCACGGUGUGGUACCGGCCCGAGGGGCUGGACCGCCUCGCCCAGCAGACCAAAUUCAGCAAGAGGGAGCUCCAGAUCCUCUACCGGGGAUUCAAAAACGAGUGUCCGAGCGGCGCUGUGGACGAGGAGACGUUCAAAGGCAUCUACUCCCAGUUCUUCCCCCAGGGAGAUUCAAGUACGUACGCACAUUUCCUGUUUGAGGCCUUCGACACCCACAGCCACGGACUGGUCAGCUUUGAGUUCGCCCUGUUUUCUGUGCAUGUGGACCUCAUAACCGAGGCUUUGGGUUAUGAACAGCUCACCAGUGAAGUGUUCGUUGGCUUUUUCCUGCUGCAGGACUUUGUCGUGAGCCUGUCCAUCAUCCUGAGAGGCUCCAUCACGGACAAGCUCAACUGGGCCUUUAAUCUCUACGAUCUCAAUAAGGACGGCUGCAUCACCAGAGAGGUACCGGACCUCCUCCGGGAGAUGACGGAAAUAAUGAACUCCAUCUAUGACAUGAUGGGGAAAUGCACCUUCCCCAACAUGAGCGACAGCGCUCCAAAGGAGCACGUGGAGAGCUUCUUUCAGAAAAUGGACAAGAACAAUGACGGCGUGGUGACCAUCGAAGAGUUCUUGGAGACGUGUCAGAAGGACGAGAACAUCAUGCAGUCCAUGCAGAUGUUUGAUAACGCGAUCUGAGCGGAGCCGGGGUCCCCACAAAGACCCGAGAUCACCAACCCUAAAGCCACCUUUUCUUCUGACGUAGCAAAAGACUGAGCAGAGGGAAGGAGAGGAAAGCCGUUUUCACUCUGAGAGAGUUGGAGCGAGCCAAAAACGUCUGUUCUGCUGUAGGCCACCGAGGGAGAAAAAAACGCCGAUAGAAAACUAAAAGUAACUGGAUGGACGAGCGUUAACACUUUGUCUUUGCACAACGGAGCCACUGUAAUAAACUCUGAGUUUAAAAUGAACCAACAUCCUCACAGCACCUUCUCUCUCUGUCACGUUCCCUCACAUUUAUCACCAGGCUGCUUGAGGAAAACUGUAUAUAUUUUCUAAAUGGAAGCAGAGAAAAAUGAAGAGGAAAUUCAACAAAACCUCUAUAGAAAACAGGAAUUUCAUUAUUGACCCGUUUAAAUGUUUGGGUUGAUCUUGAAGAGUUGAUCUUGAGUGUUAUAAGAAUAAAAUAUGUGGACGGUCCAGGUCGGAGUCUGGAAAACUUUCCUCCCGUGUUGUUACUACGGCGACGGGCUUUAUGAUGUGUGAUAUACCUGCAGACCCUCCUGAGAUUGAGAUCUGGGGUCACAGAGAUGCUGCUUCCUGGUGUCCAUUUCCCCUUUAAUGCUUCUGGACUAAGCUUCAGUGAGCUUUCAAUUUCGAGUCAAUUUUCGCUUG